GCGAUAAUUGUUGGAACAAUUUCUUCUUCACUUCUUCAUGUUCUUCUUUUCUUCACUUUCAUGUUUCACCUUAAGCCACUUUGAGUUUAAGCCUUGUACUUUGUUCUCUCUCUUUCUCUCUCUCUAGACAUCACGCAACACAACCACCGCAUACCCUCAAUUUUCCUUCACUUACUUUUCUGUUUUUUCACCUCCUUAGAACAUUCUCAUCUCUCUCUCUCUAUAACCUCAGUUUCAUGUUUACAUGUGCAGAGAGAGGUAUGCAACUGUAAGUGUCAACCAAUCUCCAAAUUCAGCUCCAAAACAUGCUUGUAGGCUUUGGUACUGGAUUUGAGGUGCACUUGAGAAGGAAGCAUGACCAUUUGGAAAAUUCAAUAAUUCCUGAAAUAACACACCAAAUAAGGUGCACAGAUCUGUGAGCUGUGUGAAGAACUCAGUGACUCACGUCGUCAAAACUGGGUUUAUUUCCUUUUCUCUUUGGCAAAAUUCGAUCCCACAGUGUUCAAAGCCAGGGAAAAGCUAUAAAUUAACACAAGCAGAAGCUAAAGGGGGUUUGGCGCAGAUCGGCAACCCAUUUGCAAAAUUUGCUGCUUUAGCUUAAAAACAAAGCUCAAAGACUCAGCAAAGGAGGAGAGGGUGAGGCUCUGAGACCUACACAGUCUUUUGCUUUUGAAAGCUUUCUUUCUGUGACUGAAAAAAGCUUUAACAAAGGCUUCUGACUCGGACCGCGAUUUAUCGUGCUUAAGAAGAAAAAGGCCUUUUUAUUAUCACAACACAGCCAAAGUACUCUCUCAUACUGAAUCAUCGUCAUCAAUGCAAAGCACGACAUAGCAACCCCACCACUCUCAUCACUCUUCACUCUAUUUUCUUCUUUCUCUCUGACACUUAUUGUGAGGGUAAGAGAAGACCAAGUGGGGUGUGUCUAGCUUGAGCUUCUGUUGUUGGAAAAAGGCAUGAUUGUGAUAUGGAGGAGAAUGAGAUUCAAGCACAGGCGUGUAAGUUUCCAAGGGUUGGAAAUGGCAGAAACGAGUCAAACAAGAUAGGCUCCGGCAGAGGGAGUGACCAAUACCAAGAUGAGGAAGAAGAUGGAGAGCUAAGAAGAAGAGGUAGUGGUGGUGGUGGUGGAGGUGGAGGUGGAGGUGGAGGAACUGAUGGUAGCACAAACCAUUUCCAAAGUGGUUGGCAUCACUCUUCAAGAAUCAUAAGGGUAUCUAGAGCUUCUGGUGGCAAAGAUCGACACAGCAAGGUCAUGACUUCAAAGGGUUUAAGAGACAGAAGGGUUAGGCUCUCUGUGACCACAGCUAUUCAGUUCUAUGACCUUCAAGACCGAUUGGGUUAUGACCAACCUAGCAAAGCUGUGGAGUGGCUAAUUAGAGCUGCUGCAGAUGCUAUUUCUGAGCUUCCUUCUCUUAAUAACCCUUUCCCUGAUACCCCUAAACAACUGAGUGAUGAGAAAAGGCCAAGUGAUCAACAAGGCUUUGAUGAUGCAGAUGGUGAUACUAAUUAUCAGCAGAACCAAAGCCAGAACCUUUCUCUGUCCAAGUCAGCUUGUAGCAGCACUUCUGAGACAAGCAAAGGCUCUGGCUUGUCCCUCUCAAGGUCUGAGAACCGUGUGAAGGCGAGGGAGAGGGCAAGGGAAAGAGCGAAGGAGAAGGAAAAAGAGAAAGAGAGUGACUCUAGCAUUGCACAUCAUCACCAUAGUGUGAACCACCCCAUGUCUCACACUGCUUCUUUCACUGAGCUUCUCACUGGUAGGAUUGGUAGUACAGUAACAGUUCCCACAACUACAAGUCCUAAUGGAUCAGUUCAUCAGAUCCAUGGUGGUGAUGAGGGUAACCUAUUCAACAAGGGAACAACACCAAUGGCAUCCACAAGGCAACAUUGGUCUUCAACUGUAACACCUAUGGACUACUUCAGUUCAGGCCUUUUGGUGGGGCCUUCUUCAUCUUCAAGAACUCAUCACCAAUCUUCUUCUGGGUUCUCAGGACAAAUCCAACUGGGACAUACCCUUCCUAUUUCACCAUUCAGUGGUGACAACAACUCUGAUCAGAUGCAGCACUUCUCUUUCAUGCCUGAACAUCUUAUUCCAGCUGCGGUUACUUCUUCUCAUCCAAGUGGGAGUGACUAUAAUCUCAACUUCACCAUAUCUUCGGGCCUUGCUGGUUACAAUAGGGGGACCCUUCAGUCCAAUUCUCCAUCUCUUUUGCCUCAUCAGAGGUUUCAACCUAUAGACGGAUCAUCCAAUCUUCCUUUCUUUAUCGGAGCUCCUGCUCCUGCUUCUGCUCCUCCAACCAUGGACAACAACAACCAUCACCACCUUCAGUUCUCACCUGUCUUCGAUGGUCGCUUGCAACUUUGCUAUGGCGAUGGAAACCGCCAUUCAGACCACAAGGGCAAAGCCAAGAACUAAUCAUGUUCCUGCAAGAUCACAUUUCUCUUGCUCCAUCUUCCGGGAAUUGUGGUCUUUCUUUUUGUAGGAGCGGCAAGCUGUGUCCCAAGCUUGCUUUCUGCAAAAUGGGUGAUAUUUUGUUGGCAUCAAGUGUUGAUAUUUCUUCUUGGAUCAUUUUGCGUCAUUAAAUUACAUUGAGUAUUUUGGACAUUUAUUGACUUAUGCGUGGAGAGUACUUUAUUAUGGAGAAAUGUAAAAGAACCUUGAUUGAAGUUGUUUUUCUGAUUUCUACAAUGCCCUUUGCCAUGGCACUUGAGGCAAUUUUCCUUUUCACAAUCACCAUUUUUUUUUUUUUUAGUUUUCUUCCGAAAAAAUUUGAGGUGGUUUGGUAUGAGCUGAGAUUUGUGUUAAUGACAUCAUGUAGAUCAACAUGUAAGUGAAUGAUUAACACAUGCCUUGAUUUAC